CGACGCAAUGGGUCCAAGGAGGAAGGCCUCUAAACUUCAACAUUUAGGGGCCAGCUGUGGAUGGGAACUGCCUCUGAGGCCAAAUGAGCCCAAAGACUACAUCAACGAAUUGUCCCAUGAAGUUCUCUGUCAUAUAUUCAGUGCGCCCGGCGUUGUUGUGUUGUGAGCAGAGCACGCACGUGAAAGGGGAGGCGACAACUAGUACGCGGCUCCUGGGCUCGUGCUAUGGCUAGUGUCCAAAAAGACGAGGAAAUUUGCUCCCCUUUAGGCUUCAAGUCAUUCGUUUGGAAGCACUUUGGAUUCCAAAGAAAAGAUGGCUCAACGGACAAGACACGUGCAGUUUGUAAAUCCUGCCAUGCGGUGAUCAAAUAUUCAGGGAGCCGCACAUUUAAAGAAAAAACACGACAUCAAAGUUCAGUGUUAAAGUACCUUCCCAUGAAGGACAUCAUAUGCAUGGAGUGUCUCUCCAGAAAGCUCAGAGAAGCUGUCACCCUGUACUUGCGAGUGAUCAAAGUAGUGGAUCUUUGUGCUGGUCACUGGUGGGAAUAUAUGCCCUCAGGUUUUACAGAUAGCAGCUUCUUGCUUCUUUUGAAGAAGAUGCCCGACCUGGAGCAGCUAUAUGGCCUUCACCCCCGAUACCUCGAGAGAAGACGAGUCAGAGGCUACGAUGCGUUCAGUAUACCUGGUGUCGUGGAGGCACUCCAAGCCUGUCCCAGUCUGCUGGGUGUUGAGACGUCCCACCUUGAGCUGGUGGAAGCCAUUUGGAACUACAUGCCACAGGUUCACAUACUUGGGAAGUUCCGUAAUCGCAACGGGGCUUUCCCAAUUCCAGCUGAAAAUAAAUUAAUCAUCCCCAUUACUGCAAAAAUCCAGACACUUCACCUUGUGGGUGUAAAUGUCCCAGAGAUCCCUUGUGUGUCCAUGCUGCGCCACCUUUACCUAAAGUGGGUCCGUCUCACCAAACCUCAGCCAUUUAAAGAGUUCCUCUGUGUCAGCCUGAGAUCCUUUGUCAUGCGGAACUGUGCAGGUCCAACCAACUCCCUCAAAUACGUUCCCCUGGUUACUGGUUUAGCUUCAGCCCGAAAUCUUGAGCAGCUAGAGUUGGUGAGAGUUCCCUUCCUUGGAGGGCUCAUCCAACAUGUGGUAGAGGACAGCUGGAGAUCAGGAGGAUUUCGGAACCUCCACACCAUUGUGUUCGGAGCCUGUAAAAAUGCCCUGGAAGUGGACCUCGGUUACCUUGUCAUUACUGCUGCUCGCAGACUUCAUGAGCUACGUAUCCAGCCAUCACUAACAAAAGAUGGAGUGUUCUCAGCUCUCAAGAUGGCUGAACUAGAGUUUCCUCAGUUUGAUACCCUUCAUCUUGGAUACGUGGAUGAGUUCCUGCUCCAAUGUAAGAUGAGUCAUUCAGAGCUGGUGAAGUAUGGUCUGGCUGAUGUGGUAGAGAACCCAGGCAUCAUCACUGAUAUCGGCAUUAAAGUGGUGAAUGAGGUAUUUAGUAAUAUAAAAUACCUGCUCAUCUACAACUGUCCCCACCUUCAUAACCCUCACCAUUGGAUUACAGAUCAGUCCAGAUGGACCAGACUUGUUGACCUCACACUGGUACGCUGUCACGCUAUCAAACUGGAGUCUUUUUCCCAGUUCAUCGAAGCAGUUCCCAGUUUAGAGUUCAUAUGUCUGGACCAAAUGUUUCGAGAACCACCAAAGGGUUGUGCCAGAGUAGGCCUGAGUGCUGGAACUGGUAUUGGUGUGUCCUCGGCUCUGGUCAGCAACCAAAACUCUAACAAUGACAACAACAAUAAUAACCACCACCAUCACCACAACAACAACGAGGCCAAUCUGCCUCCUCCUCCUCCUCCACAUCCACCCCCCCCUCCUCCUCCGCCUCCUCCUCCUCCACCACCGCCACCUGUUUACAACAUCGAAAGACAUCAGCAGCAGCACAAUGCACCAUUGGAAGUCAAUGGGAUAGACGAUGUGGAGGAGAACAUGCGGGCAGAGCCAGAAAUUGAGUUGGAAGGAGCUGACAUGGCAGUGGCAGCAGAUCGCGAUGGCGCUGCUGGACCCAGUCAUCCAGCUGGUUCACCACAUCUAUCUAGUGGUGAUGAAGAGCAAGCAGGUCCCAGUGGUUUGGUUCGGCAGUGUAGACCUCCCGGGGUUGCCAUUCCCAAGCCCUCACUAAUCCUGUCUGACUCGGACAGUGAGGAGGAGGAGGAAGGCCUCGUUUCAAGACUAACUCCAGCAACUUCCUGCUCACAGCAACCUAUUUCUUGCACAGAAGGUAAAGGAAAGACUCCUCUGCGGCGGAACAAUAAUGUGCCUGGAUCAACGUUGGUCUCGGGAAAUCGGGUGAAGCCUCCUGCGUCAGAGGGUCGCUGUGAAAAGAGCUGUCAGGUGACCAGUGAACAAAUCAAGGCUGACAUGAAGGCUGCAUCCGAGAACAGUCGGAGGACUAGCAAUAAAGGCGUCAACACAGAAUCAGGGGAGACCUCACCGAGGCCAGGGCAGGAUGGCACAGUACAAGGCUCCGGUGUCAGUGGGGCAGCAGAAAGGCCGCUGACCCAAUGUGUGGACAUAAUUGAACCUGGAUCAGCCCAGGGACCUGAGAGGCGAGCUACUGGAAGUGACAGGACUAAUGGGGGCACAGUAAACCACGCUGGAGCACAUAGUGGUGACUGCAGCACCAGAGAAGUUGGAUUAAGGCAAACUUCUGGUACUGCUAGUGUUGCGCAUCUAGAAUCCAAAGGUUCUGUUGAAAACAUGACUUCAGGACAACCAGCUGGUCAGAGGCACAGACGAACGCCGGUGGCUCAGCGUUCAAGUUGUAAGCGAACUCUGGCCAGUGAUGAGAACUCUCCACCCAGACGACCUUUGACCCGGUCCUGCACUCGCAUGUCUUCUGUAUCCCUGAUGCCAGAGACAGAUCUUCCAAGAACCAGGCCUCGGGUAGCAACAAGGAGGAGGAGAAUGGCUGACAAAUCAACCAGUACUUCGGACCCGGUGACAGAGGAUGACCAUAUACAGGUGUUGACCCUGAAGAGUAAGAACCUGGUGGGGAUCACUCUGACCAACUGCGGUAUCACCGACCUGGUCCUUAAAGACUGUCCCAAGAUGAUGUUCAUUCAUGCUACCCGAUGUCGAGUGUUGAAGCAGCUGCGAGUGGAAAGCGCUCCUAUUGUUAACAGGUUUGACUAUGCACAAUGCAAGAAGCUGAACAUGGAACAGGUCCUGGAUCAGAUUCUGAGAAUGCCUCCUGAGCGCAACCGCAUCAUCUACAUGCGUCCUAUGCACCAGAUUGAUUCUGUGGCAUUGGAACGUCAGCUCUUCCAGGGUCCCUAUCCCUAUCAUAUCGCUAUAGUUCAUGAGUUCAGCAAUCCUCCAAAUAUACGCAACAAGGUCCGCAUUCGCAGUUGGAUGGACACUAUAGCCAACAUCAGCCAAGAGCUAAUCAAGUACGAGUUCUUCCCAGAGGCCACCAGGACAGAAGAAGAUGUAAAGAAGUAUCCUAAAUAUCCCUGGGGCCGAGACAUUUAUACACUAGAGGGUCUGUUGGAUGGUGCCCCCUACAGCAUGAUAACAGACUUCCCAUGGCUCAGAACUCUGAGAGCUGCCAACCCCAACAACUACGCCCGCUAUGACUUUGAGGACGACGAGAGCACCACCAUCUACGCCCCGAGGAGGAAGGGUCAGCUUUCGGCCGACAUCUGCAUGGAGACCAUUGGCGAGGAGAUCUCUGAGCGGCGACAGAGCAAAAGAGGAGUGUUUCAGCGAGUCGUGGUUCUUUUCCUCCAUCACUGUGACACGCCCGGCGAACCAGUUGAUGACGACUACAUUUAAGACAUUCUGACUGACAUAAGACUCCAUUCCAUUUGGGAAAUGGCAACAUGGCAUUAAUUGCGUUAGUGUCCGAGCUGCCGGCCCGGUUCAUCCGACCUGCGCCGCACUCUUGAACGCAACUGUGGGGUGGGGCCAAAGAUCAUUAUGCAGCAAAAUGGGCAUGUUGUCAACAUGACUCCAAAUAACGCAAGCUUUUGUCUUACAUGUCUUGACUUUUCAUUCAUGAAGCAUUUUAGUGUUGCAGUAUUCCAUUACAUAAAAAAAGUUUAUAGAUACGUUUAAGUAUUAUAAUCAUGGCUUGUGUGCGUGCGUGCGCGCGCGCGCGCGAUCCGUGUGUUUGUUUAUUUAUUUAGAUUCAUCAUUCACCAGAAACACAAAUUUUCAGUUGUCAGUUAGGUCACUUUACAGACACAUUUUCACCCUGGAAAAAAAAUUCGUACCCAAGAUGCAUUGGUUUUUUUGGGAAGGGCUCGACAAAGAUAAUUUAAAGGGUCUAUUACGUGCACUUGGGAAAAAGUUGUGGAUCCCUGCAACUAAGCGCAUUGAAUCCUAAAGUCAACGAAAAGUUGGAAUGUUGUCAAUUCUUGAUUUGACUUCUGCCCCUGUCCUUUUGUGUGUCCUGAAUCUUGCUCAGAGCCAUAUCCGCACCUAUGGAAGGGAGAUGAUUGGAAAUAGUAUUGGAUCCGAUUUCUAUUUGAUUUGUUGAAGGCCUUGCAUUCCCCACACCUCACCCAUCCUCACCCCAAAUUGUCAGAGGUACUUUCAGUGCCUUGAUUGUCACUGGUCAUUUGUUGUCAGGGUCAGUCAGUAGGUCAUUAGACAUGAAGUUGGCAUGUAACUAAUCCUGGACACCGCUUCUACCCACUUGUCACAUUUGCAGUGUGGAAUUUGUCAAAUAUUGUAUGCGUCUUGGUGGACUAGGGGUUGAUAAAUGUCAACAAUUGAAGCAAUUAUUGAACGGUGACUGAACAGAGUAAAAAAAUAAAAAAUAGCCCCACUGUUUUUUUUUGUUAAGCAACAGUUGUACAGACAUUGUAGAUAGUCAUGUUCCUCCAUGCUGUUUAUAUGUUUAUAAGAAAAGGUUAUUUCACAUUAUGGAAAAUAAAACUCGGCAGGAAAUGAA